AUGGUGUCUUCAAAUGCGGUCACCACCAAGGUGACAUCUGGAUCUCCUUACCAGCUUGAUCAGAACCAGGUCUCCAGAGCCUCGUCUGCGCUUUUGCGACACAUCAAGACGCAGCAGGUGGACAAGGAAAAGACGGCGACCAAGAAGACCCUCAUUGGCGACAACGAUGAUGAUUCUGACGCGGAGGAUAUCCCCCUCAACAACGAAGCGGUUUGGCUCGUCCUCACCACGAAAAAGCACGUUGUCGACAAGAACCGCCUGAAGCCGGGGAAGAUCACCAUUCCUCACUCUCUCAACGCCUCUCCCUCCCUCAGCGUCUGCCUGAUCACGGCGGACCCGCAGCGCGCCGUCAAGAACAUUGUUGCCGACGAAUCUUUCCCUCAGCAUCUGACCUCCCGCAUCGACAAGGUGAUCGGUUUCUCGAAAUUGAAGUCUCGCUACCAGAGCUUUGAGAGCCGGCGACAACUGUUCUCCGAGCAUGACGUCUUCCUGGCCGAUGACCGGAUAAUCAUGCGUCUGGUCAAGACUCUUGGCAAGAUUUUCUACAAGUCGAGCAAGCGCCCGAUCCCCGUUCGCAUCGCCGAGAUUGAGAAGGUGGACGGCAAGAAGGUGAAGAAGGACCCGAAGCAGAGGUCUAAGCCCAAUGCGGAGGACAGCGCUUUCGCGUCGCCCGCGAUCGUCGCCAAGGAGAUCGAGAAGGCGCUCAACUCGGCCGCCGUGCAGCUUGCUCCGGCUACUACUGCUGCCAUCCGCGUCGGCUCCUCCAACUUCACUCCCCAGCAACUGUCCGAGAAUGUCGAAGCCGUCGUGAAGGGCUUGACGGACAAGUUUAUCACGAAGGGCUGGAAGAACGUCAAGGCCCUCCACGUCAAGGGUGCGAACACCAUGGCCAUGCCGAUCUGGCUCGCCAGUGAGCUCUGGGUGGAAGAGGGCGAUGUGGUGGAGAAGACCGCCGAUGACGACAAGGCCAUUGAGGGCGCCAAGAACGACAAGAAGCGCAAGCAGAUCGAAGCCGGAGAGGGAGAGAAGAUCUCGGAGGGUGGCAAGAAGUCGAAGAAGCCCAAGGCCGCUGACGACGACGAAGCCGCCUCCCUGAGCGCACGGAAGGAGAAGUUGCAGAAGCAGAAGGCCAAGGCCCUGCAGGACGGUGAGGAGUCCGGUCGCAAAGCCGCCGCCACCCCAGCCAAAGCAGAGGCCGGGUCUACGAAGAAAAAGAGAAAACAAUCGGUUCUCCGGGCCGCGCGCUCGCAACUCAACCCUUCGCGGGCAUUCAACCAGCCCACGGCCUCUGCUUACGCCCGCCUCCUCUCGACCCUGGCCCUCCUCGAACAGCGUGAUGGCCAACUGCAGAACUCGUCGCUCUCCGCUAUCGCUGCGGCGCAGAAACUCGGUGGCCCCGUCACUGCCUUCCUCGCUGGUAGCGGUGUGAAGGGUACCUCUGCUGUGGAGGCUGCUAAGAUCAAGGGUCUGGAUAAGGUGAUGGCUGUGGAUAAUGAUGCUUAUGAGAAGGGUCUGCCGGAGAACUACGCCCCUCUUCUGGUUGAGAACAUCAAGAAGGGCGAAUUCACCCACGUCGUUGGCUCCCACUCUGCCUUCGGAAAGAGCCUUCUGCCCCGCGUUGCGGCUCUCCUUGAUGUGCAGCAGGUUUCUGAUAUCACCGGGAUUGAGAGUGAAGACACUUUCGUCCGCCCUAUCUACGCCGGAAACGCCAUCCUGACCGUCCAAUCUUCGGACUCCAUCAAGGUGAUUACUGUGCGAGGCACUGCCUUCCAGGGCACCGAGACCGAGGGCGGCUCUGCCGAGAUCGUCGAGGGCAGCGACCCCAAGGCGCCCGCCCAGACCGAGUGGGUGUCCGAGGAGCUCGCCAAGUCCGAGCGCCCCGACCUGGGUGUUGCAUCCCGCGUCGUCUCCGGCGGCCGUGGCCUCAAGUCCAAGGAGGAGUUCGACCGUGUCAUCGUGCCCCUCGCCGACUCCCUGGGCGCUGCCAUCGGUGCUUCCCGUGCCGCCGUCGACAGCGGCUUCGCCGACAACAGUCUGCAGGUCGGCCAGACCGGCAAGAACGUCGCUCCCCAGCUGUACCUGUGCGCCGGUAUCUCGGGUGCCAUCCAGCAUCUGGCUGGUAUGAAGGACAGCAAGGUCAUCGCCGCUAUCAACAAGGACCCCGAUGCUCCCAUCUUCCAGGUCGCUGAUGUCGGUCUGGUCGGUGACCUUUUCGAGAAGGUCCCUGAGAUGACCGAGAAGCUCAAGGCGCAAGCUUAA